AUGGGUGGGAUCACUCAACAAAAGGCGAACGCCGGAGCUGCCGUUCGAAAGCUGGCAACGGAUCGUGAGAUUGAAGGUUUGACUUCGAAAUUACGACGAUUAUCACUUGAUGACCCUGAAUCUGAGAGAGCCGCCCUCGUUCAGAGCAUUUCAAGCAAAAUUCGAUCUGCCCGCCGAUCAGCUCGACGCUCACUGGGUUCUUUCCCUACAUGCCACGUUGAGAAGGAUGAUUUAGUACGCAUCAAAGAAGCAUUGUUUCAAGCUCAUCUCACGUCAGACGAAUCUGCGCUAAGCGUCAAUCAAACAGAAAAAAAACUCGAAGAUCUCGUUGCAAGAAUUGAUGAGAAUGAACUUGCUCAAUUUUGCUCUCGGGCUGGUUUGCCGCUAGAACUUGCAGAUGUUGGUGGAAAAGAUUAUGCGUUCGACAUUAUCAACUAUUCUCUUCACAACCAGAUGCCAUGCGAAAAUGUUGCUUCUCAAUUUCCUGAGAUUAAACGAGCUCGAAUGGUUGAUUGGAUUUUCUGUAUCUCCCGUGUGGUCAGGGUACCAGAUGAAUCGUAUUUUUUGGCAGUACAUCUGCUAGAUAAAGCACUACUGGUUGACAAAAACAUUUCUGAAAUGUCAGAUGUGGAAAACCGCGUUGUUAUGUUGGCAGCAGUGAGGCUUGCUGGAAGAGUCGAAUUCGGCCCUGAAUAUGAAAAUGAAAUGUGCAGUCGUCUUAAGUCGGUUGUUUGCAAUCUUAAACUACAGUGUGAAGAGGACAAAAUUAAACAAUGGGAAUCUCAGCUUUUGAAUUUUUUUGACUUUGGCAUUUCACGCAAACACUUGUUGCAUUUUCUCCGUAUGUUUUGGUUAUUGAUGGGUGAUUUCAUGAGUGGAACUGAGAAAAAAAAGAAUGGGCCACGCAAGCCUUCACUUGUUGCUGCCGCCAUUAUGCGGAUAGGACUUCACCUAUUUUUUAAUCGUGGUCAACUUCCGGAGGAUAAAUUUCCCCGAGUCAUCUCGAGCCUUCUACACAAAGAAAGUGAAUACGUGCCGAUCGCCACAAAUCUUUUAAAUUGGGUUUUGUCUUCUCGAACAUACAUUCCAACGAUCACUCGUGUGUUUGAAGCCGAUCAAUAUCAUCCCAGUAAACAAGAGCUAGAAACUAUUGCCUGUGAAUUAAAGAACUUCGAUAAGUAUUGUCGUAGAGGC